AUGGUAUUUGCAAUGGACACUGAAGGUCCGUCACCAUUACCACAUUCGCAGUUCACGCCUCCACAAGACUCAACCAUGAAGAGGCUUAUGAGAGGUAAUCGCCCUGAGAAGGCACUCGACAUAUCUUCCAUGGAUCGUCACGAGUUAGAGAACGCCGUCAUCGCGGCAUAUUCUCGUCUAUCAGAAAAAGAGCUUCAUAUACUACUCUUACUUCGCUCCCUCCCCACCUGUGGCAACCCCCAAGAACUCGCCUUCCGUCUGGCGUUUCACGAUCUUUCUCACCGUACCGACCUUGCACACCAGCAAACCACCAGCUUUACGCCACCACUAUCCGCGGCCUCAUCAUUUAACGAACGGCCACAGCAAAAUGAUAACACGAAUACGAACACCAAUACCAAUACCCUCAAUACAAAUACCAACAGCACCCCAUCUCUUGAAACCACCACAUAUGAUGACGAUGUUGAUAUGGCUCAAUUAGUCUCUCUCGACUCUCCUACAGAGUCCAAGUCCCCAUCAACGAUUCCCACCCAUCCACCUCUGCCACCGGAACUCUGGGCAGAUAUUUUCGAAACCCUGAACGAUUGGGAACUAUCUGUGGCACUUGGAAUUCGUACGAACCUCAGGCGCUCAGUAGACUGGGAACAUAACGGGACACGCCUUGACUACGCGAUCCUUUCCGGGUCCGCCGCAUAUGUUGCCUUCUUCCUUUCGUCACAUCCCGGCGAAGUAUUUACCAAAUUUGGUGCAAAGGCGAUGGUGCGGUUUGGAUAUCUGGACCUUCUUACCUUCUUCCACGAGCGAUUUCCAAAGGAGUUUAUGAAAGUGUACUCAGAGCCAACACUCAAGAUUCCUACCCUCGCUAGUCACUUUGCAAGAACGGAGGUUCUAUCAUGGUGGUUAGCAGCCAGUGACCCCAGGAAGUCGAACGCGCUCCCUCGAGACUACGACGAGGAGCCGCUCAAUGAUGCAUCCCGCGAAGGCCACAUCCACGUACUCCAGUGGUGGAAGUCCAGCGGUCUCACCUUGCGUUAUGGUCUUGUUAUGGAUGUUGCCAGUUCCUUUGGCCACCUUGAUGUGCUCGAGUGGUGGAAGAACUCUGGGCUCUCGCUCAACUACCACAACGCGCUCAAGGGUGCAUCUUACCGUGGCGAAGUCGAAGUGCUGGAGUGGUGGAAACGAAGUGGACUGCGGUUGGUCUACGACAAAGAAGUGCUUGUCGAGGCGACAAAGUUUAAUCGUGCGGACAUUCUUGAGUGGUGGAGCCGAAGUGGCCUUAGAGUCGAGUAUUGUGUGUGCGAUAUCGAGGCUGCGCUGGAGGACGCGAUCGGCGGCGGGAAACAGGCAAGAGAGUGGUGGUUCCAGAGAGGGUGUAGGUUUAAUGUCCCAGUUAAUGAGUGGAUGAUGUACAAAACCCUUUGA